CGCAGCUGUCAAGUGCAACCCUGCGGCGGCGCCAUAUUGUGACAGCAGCUGUCAACUUCUCUCCGCUCUUGUUCUUUCUUUCUCUUUCUCGUUCAACCGUUCGCCACUCAAGAUGACGAAGGGUACCUCCAGCUUUGGUAAACGCCACAAUAAGACGCACACCUUGUGCCGUCGUUGUGGACGCUCAUCGUACCACAUCCAGAAGUCAACUUGCGCCCAGUGCGGCUACCCGGCCGCCAAGUUGCGUUCCUACAACUGGUCGGUGAAGGCCAAGAGGAGGAAGACCACUGGAACUGGCCGCAUGCAGCACCUGAAGGUCGUGCGCCGUCGUUUCCGCAACGGAUUCCGUGAGGGAACUCAGGCCAAGCCCAAGAAGGCCACCAAGUAGAUAGCCCCCACGGUAUAAUAUAUAUCCCCCGAUAUAUAUACAUUCUGCUAGCCGAACGACAGCCACGGGCUCUGCGGGAAAACAACAUCCAAAUCCACAGUUAAAUGGCCCUAUUGGGCGAAUAAAUCGCUCGAGCGCUAAUAAAUGAACGUUUUUUUUUAUUAAGUGAA